GAUAAGAAUUCCGUCUGUAUUCGAUGGAUAAAGAGCGAGGAAGAGAGAGAGCGAUGAAGUCUCCUCCUCCUGUUUACAAUUCCCCUGUGCAGUCAAUGUUUAUCGCCGCGUAAUCACUGUCAAACGGAACGAGAAGCGGAAUUCGCGCAUCCGUCGACGAUACAGCUUCAAGCGUGCGACUUUGUCUCCUCCUUUUUUUUUUCUCAUCGCAAAUGAACGGAUCUCCCCGCUUCUUUCGCGCUUGCAUUCAGCAUCACAUCAGCAUCAGCAGUGCUGUACGAUUCCACGAGCCGGUCUCAUACGCGAUAUUCCCGUCGCGUUUUACAGACAGUAAACGCGCGAUCGGAUGGCUACGCUGCGUUAAUUAACUGAGAAAAAAACGGAGGAAAAACAAAUAAAAAGGACUGCUCGAUUGCGAGAGAUCGGCGCGAACGGGAUCGAUUUUUCAUUCGCGUACUCGAACGCGUUUGAUAAUCGUCCGCGGUUGUGCUCGGAUGCGAAAUUUAUUAUACGCUAUAUUAUGCCGCGAGAUGAUAAUGCUCGACAGAUAGCGUACGGCUUCGAUGAACGUAGAGGAAUUUUCGCGAUCGACGGACCAUGGCGAGGUUUCAUUUAGCAGGGAAUAUUUCGCACAAGUUCCUGCACUUUAUAGGAAUAAGGAUGUCGAAGCGGCUGAGUUUUUAUGGUCUGGUAGCCCUGGCGUCCAUCUGCAUCUUCUUCCUAGCAUUUAACCAACGCUACAGCAGCUACCUCGAGCAUCGACUGCAGCCGGUGAUAUCGGAUGUUGAGAUAAGGCCAAGGACCACGAAAAUUCAAGAACCGGUAACGGUAAGCCAGGCUUAUAUUACGGGAUACACAGAAAAUGCCACGAUCACCGAAAUUCAGGAAGUAGUUGAUCAACAAAGAAGGGCGAUUAAAAGGGAAAUGGAAAAUUAUGAAUACCCAAAUGGAAGAUAUGGGGUAAACGUGAGCAAACUUGAAGAUCUGGUGAUGGAAAAAGGUGGCCGACCCGUGAGGAGUAUAAUUCUGACGAGUUGGCGAAGUGGCAGCACGUUCCUCGGCGACGUGGUAAAUGCGCAUCCGGCCAAUUUUUAUCAUUACGAACCGUUGCUGGAUUAUGGAAUUGUGCAAAUCAGAGAGCCGCCGCUCGCCGAUGAAUCCUUGACGAGGAUCAUCUCCCUGCUGAAUUGCGAAUAUAAAGAGCUCGACCGGUAUUUGAAUUAUGGGAAGACUCAUCCUUGGGUCUUCAAUCAUAACACGCACUUGUGGCGGCAGUGCCAGGCGCACAAACGCGUCUGCUGGGAUCCGCGUUUCGUCGCCAAGUUUUGCCGGCUCUUCCCAUUCCAAUCAAUGAAGCUCGUACGAUUGAGGUUGCGUGCAGCAGAGACGCUUUUGGCUGAAGAAAAUUUAGGUGUGCGAUUAGUUCUACUCAUUCGCGAUCCAAGAGGCAUUCUGCAAUCUAGAAAACACAGGGAAUGGUGUCCCGCUAAACCCGAUUGUUCCGAUCCAGCUCUAGUUUGCGCCGAUAUGGUGUCGGAUUUUAACGCGGCAGUAGAAUUCUCGAAAAAAUACCCACGUUCUUUCAGAGUAGUGCGCUACGAGGACCUUUCCGUGGAUCCCUACAGGCAUGUGAAGGAGCUUUACAAUUUUUACGGUUUGAACUUUCACACGAAUGUGAAGAGAUUCCUGGACACACAUACAAAGAACGAUGUGGGAGGUGUAUCAAGCACCUUCCGGAAUUCCAAAGUCGCGCCGUUUCACUGGCGGGCCGAUUUAGACUUUGAGGAGGUACACGAAAUACAGAGGGUCUGCACGACCGCCAUGCGGCUGUGGGGAUACGUGAUGGCCUUAAAUUCUACUCACCAAAAAGACUUUGAUCCUAUCACAAAUUACCGGCUCCAGUUGUGACAACUGGCAGACAUGCUCAAUGUAGAUAUGAUGUAUAGCGGCGUAUCGGUAUAGCGAACGGUAAUGGUCAGGUAAAUGCCGUAGUUCAUAUAAAUAUUCAGUGAAAGGUGCUAAUGGGGUCACUCAGGAAGAUAGCGACAUAACAAGCAGAAUGAAUGCCGAUUUAUUCGAGAGAGUAGCUUACUCGAAUCGUAAACCUCGUAAAACCAAUAAAGCUGUUUCUGUAAAAGGUGACAGAUGAAAACGAGGUACGUUUGUAAUUAUCGAACUAUGAACAAAGAUUAGGGUAAGUUUUCGAGAGCCUGAUGUGUGACAAAAAUAUGUAAUGUCUAAUCAUAUCGAUGCAAACGUUGCGGAUGUAUUCAAAAUGUUUCCAAAUAUACCGCGAGUCUUUCGAGAGAAUACUUUAUGUCUGAUGUAUAUAAACUACUUUAUUGAUAUUAAUUCUAACUAUGGAUAGCUUGUAAAAAGAUAUUCAUAGUAAUCGAAUUUAAAUUAUAUAUACAAGAGAUUGAUUUACGUUUAUUUUUCAAUCUCAUUGAUCAAUUAUACAUUGUUACUCAACCAAAUUUGGAAGUAUAAUGCUGGAAGUAUGAAACUUAAACAAAGAAUAUUUAUCUAAUAAUUGAAUGUGCUGAUCGUGGGAAGAUCUUAAUCAUCUAAUGAAUAUAUGAACGGAAGCUAAAUCCCAUAACGGAUUAGGAUCGAGUAUUGCAACAUUAGGAAUCAUUGGCAACGUUGCGAGAAUCUAUAUCUAUAGCUAUCUGGAAUUAAAAUGUUCACCGAGAUGACAUAAUGUGAUUCAUUAAAGAAAGGAGGAAUACGAUCGCGCGCAAUAUCAAUUAACUCGUUCACGUCAACGGAACAUUCGACGUUAUCCUUUGCUCACAUGGCGAUCGCUGAUAAAGCUGACUACGCGGUGUAUGUCAAGGACGAGAAUGCGAGAGUUUCCAUUCCACCGGCCUUCGGCGCGGCCGGCAACAAAUUAUUAAAAGUGUACAGACGCGACCAACUCGCCCACGAGCGCGUGUGAUUUUUAUAAUGUACGAUACAGAGUCGUAUAUCAUUGCACACUUUAUAGAUAAAAGAUAGAAAUCUUGCGAACCGUUUGUUGGCGACUUAGUAUAAGAAUACUUUUUUGAAUCUUUACACACUAGUUAUUGAUUAUCCUAGACAGCCCAGACGGGUACACUUUAGUUAUGUGUAUAUAUAUAUAUAUAUAUAUAUAAAUUAUAGUGCAAUUACGUUACAAAAAAUAUAUAUAUAUACAUAGUAUUUCUUGUGUUUUUGUGUUAUACACUGAGUGCUUGAUUACAAUCUGCUCUCCGUGUGAUCGAUCAAGUUUUACCAUGCAUUCACUUAAAGUAGAAUUAGUUUACCUCGAUAAAUAUUUUACGUUAUUAAUAUUGUUACAACCGAAUUUGAAUAUUGAGGAACUAAAAAUGAAUAUUAUACUUCUUUCUCCUUUCUUCGUUUUAUAGGAGGAUAAUCUAAACUUCCAUAUCCGGACUCUCUAUUAAUAUUUUUGUUGUUGUCUUGCAACAUAAAACAAAGAUGAACAAAACAUGGUUUUUUAUAUGUACAGACGAAGAUCUUGCAAUGACGCUAUCAGGAUCGUUAAUAUAAAUUUGCAAUAACAUCGUGCGAUCAUGCGCGUCGUUAUUACGUUCUCACGAAAUGGGUAUCUAGUCCAAGAGGAACGCGUAUUACUUCGCAUUUUGUACCUUAGAUGUAAAAGGUUUCAAUAAAAAUCUUAUUUCUAUGGAA